CAGUAUGGAAGGGGAAAGUGUCUGAGGAAGAAUGAGUGACUGAGAGAAAGUGAGAAAAUGAGAGUAGACGUUUAAGAAGAGCGGAUGGUGUCUUUGACUCAUGUGGCCACAUGGAUUCACACUGUGAGCGUUGUACAGCAAUAGAUAACCCGAACAUAUCUGGAUAAUUAAUAUAAUUCUGAGUCGGGACCGGGCUAUUUCAGCUGAAGGGUUGGACCACGUGGUCAGUAUUUCCCAGAGAGCCUUGACUGACAACUGCUGGAUAACCAUCUUGGACUCACAGGAGCUAGAAGUUCUCCUAUAAGGUAGAAUAACCCACUUCAUCAUUACAUAACUACAACCCAACUUUCCUGUUUGCACAGGACUGAAUCUGGAUGUUGCAAUUGAUAAGUCAAUGUGAUCUCUCAGCAGAAGGGUAAGUUUGCCUGCCUGGCCAGCUUGAGCUCUUACCGAAGAUAUCAAAAAGAGAUUUCCCUUGUGUUUUUCACACGUUGUGUCUUAUUCAUCAACUCAGAAAUAGAGUAUCAGAAAGUCCCCACCAACACUGCAAAAAGAGGGGAGUGCAGAGGUGUCAACAGAAUAAUGUACUCAGAGCCCACAUGGGAUAACAACACCCCCUAAAAACACCUGUGCAUCUGAAUAUCCUGCCACAUGUUCAUCAAAGACGCUGGAAGUUUUCAAGACGCUGCAAAGACUCCAGGCUGGAUUUUGAACCCUGGAGCUCCCAAUCACUUCAAUCACACAGUCUUUUGCAGCAGGGACUUUUUGUGGGACUGGCUUGGACUUGAGCUAAAACUUUGAACUGUUUGGACAUUUACUCCACAUCAUCCUCUGUUUUGCUACUACAGUAGACAUCCUUCUUUACCUCUCGAAGACUGCAGAAUAUUUAUUUCUUCUCCUCCACUCACCCAGUCAUGGAUUCACAGGGUGGUCCAUACCUCAAUAAGAGGGCCCUCUGCUCACCUCUGGGUGCUGCUCGCCUCUGUCAGCUGGCCAUGGGCUGUGCUGUGAUUGCCAUGGUAACCCACAGUGCUGGCUACAGCGGUUCACAGGGCGUGUUCUGCAUGGCGGCAUGGUGCUUCUGCUUCGCCAUGACAGUUGUGGUGUUUUUUCUGGAUGCCACUCGUCUCUACAGCUGCCUUCCCAUAUCCUGGGACAACCUUACCGUCACAUGUGCUGCCUUCGCUACGCUCAUGUAUGUGACAGCCUCUGUGGUUUACCCGCUCUUCUUUGUCCGAUCUGAGUGUCCCUACGCCGGCUGUGAUGUCAGAAAUUUCCGCAUUGCUGUGACCGUCUGUUCCAUCCUGGGGGCUCUGGCCUAUGGGGUUGAAGUGGCCUUGUGCCGAGCCAGGCCAGGCCAGGCUGUGGUGGGCUACAUGGCCACCGUCUCUGGCCUCCUCAAAGUCGUUCAGGGCUUUGUGGCCUGCAUCAUCUUUGGAGCUCUGGCCAACGGGAGCGAAUAUUCCAGAUACGCCGCCACAAUCUUCUGUGUUGUCGUCUAUGCUUUCUGCUUUGCUCUGACCGCACUGGUGGUCGUCAUGACAGUGUGUGGGCGGACCAAGGCUGUGCGCUGCUUGCCUUUUGACCGCUUCGUGGUGGUAUGCACCCUUCUGGAAGUUCUACUCUACCUGAGCGCAUCAGUGGUGUGGCCAGUGUUCUGCUUUGACACAAAAUAUGGCUCUCCGUGGAGACCAUCGUCAUGCCCUCAGGGGAGGUGUCCGUGGGACAGCAAGGUUGUGGUGUCGGUGUUCUCUUUUGUCAACUUCGCACUGUAUGUGGCGGAUCUGAUAUAUUCCCAGAGAAUACGAUUCGUCUCCUCCCAGGUGCGCACCAACUCACGAAUCUAGCACCAUUUUGGUUUGGUUUUACUAUUAUAUUGGCUUAACAGGUUUAAGUUAUUAAUCUGCUUCAUUUGUUUUAUUUUGUUUGUGCAUUUUUUUUUAUAUAUAAAAAUUGAGAGGAAGAGCAAUCCCAGGCCCAGGACAUCCCUGGUGUUGCACGUGGUCUAACACUGAAGUGGCCAGACACCCCAGUUUCAAUGUGAAAACAGUGUGGAAUGUGAACAAGGAAUUUUACCAGUACGUCCCUUCUGCCACACCCCUCUGAGUUGACACCCCAUAUCUUAAGCUCACCCUUUUUGCCCUCUGAGAGAUUUCGGAGGAACAGCUAGCCUCAUCCAAGCAGCCAGGGCUUACUGGUGAUGACCUGCCAAAUCCUCCAAAAACUAUUCUUGACCUGCGACACACACACACACACGCACACGCACCCACACCCACACACACACACACACCUUAUAUUUAUGCUCAAAUAAUACAUAAAGUCUUGACUAUAAAUAGUAAAUCUGGUAUGGCAUCUCUGGCAUCCCUGUCAUCUGCAAACCCCUCGCCAGCGAUCUAUGGACAUCAGCCAGGCUGCCAAAAAUAAACAUGAACUGUCUGCACUCAUAGUGAAGCAGUGAGACAGCAUUUUAAAGAGGCUGGUGUCUUUAAAAGCUCUCUAUAAAAUGCUUCCUCCAGUCAAUGAUAAUAAAAGAAAAGUAAAGCCCAUUUCAGCAAAGCCACUGCUAAGAUGACUGGCAGUUUGACUGCCUUGUAUUCACAGUCAACUGCACAAUCUGAUCACACUCUGAUCAGAUCUGAUCAUCGUCAGUGUGGCUGAGGAAUUUUUGCACAUUAUUGCAAAAGAAGAACCACGUGACCUAACAUGUCAUUAAACAACAGGUCACAACAUUUCCUUUUAUUACAUUUACACUGGCAGUUGCAAAUUAUUUGUGUGGUUAGAUUAUUUUUGUACAGUGUGACACUAUUGGUACACAGUUUGACAUAGACUUAAAACUUCUUAAAACUGAGCAAUAUUUUGAUAUUCACAAUUGAUCAAAGUACUAUGUGUAUAUUAAAGGUUUAUCUUAUAGUGACAAACCCACAGAGUAACCAAAGAGACAGCAGAUAUCUCCCUGAAGAGUUCGUAGAGACAAAAACUAAAAUGAGUAAAUAUUGGACUUACAUUCAUCAGGUGGCUCCAAAUUAAUGCUAAUGUUGCUCCAAGUCUGCAGGAUGUGUAAGAACAACUUUGCUUAGAUGUUCGCCAUAUCAACUUUAUAAGGUGAUAUUUUGUCAAUGUUGUGUUUACAUCUUGUUGGCUGCCCCCAACUGGCCACAUCAAUUAAUGCACGUUAAGAUAUAACAGUACAAAGAUAUAAAAUAGGUUUACAUGAUAAAAUAAAGACAAACAUAUUCUGUA